GUUCCGUCGCAGUCUAAUUAUAGCUACAAAAAACAGUUAUUGGAUGUUUUCGUUUACAUAAAUGCACAUCACUCCCGCAUGCCCAACUCGCACACGUGAUCAUACACAUACCAACACACGCAAAAAUAACCAAACAGAGUACGGGGAAAAACAAAAGAAUGUUAGAAGAUGCGCAUGCGCGGCCGCAGAUUGCUUCCAAUUGUUUUGUCGCUGCUCAUCAUCGUUCUUCUGUGCUUCAGCUACAUUUCAAACCAUCUGCGCGACUCAUCCUCCUUGCCCGUCGACAGCGAUGAAUUCCUGCUCCAGCUGCACGACGAAACACCAUCAGUGCCCGGGCUACGGGCCCCGGCCGGACCUCUGCUGAACCUUACCGAUUUCGAUUAUCUGCUGCCCAGUGAUGUGUGUCGCCAUGUAGACAAAGAGCUUCUGGCUGUGCUCAUUGUCACCUCCUAUGCAGGCCACGACUCCCUGCGCGCCGCCCACCGCCAGGCCAUAACACAGAGCAAGCUGGCCGAAAUGGGGCUGCAGCGAGUAUUCCUUCUGGCUGCUCUGCCGCUCAGAGAGCACUUCUUCACCCAGGCGCAAGUGAUCAACGAGCAGACCCGCUUUGGAGACCUGCUGCAGGGGAAUUUUGUGGAGGACUACCGCAACCUGAGCUACAAACAUGUGAUGGGGCUGCGCUGGGCGGCUGGCGAGUGUGAGGGUCGCACCAAGUUUAUCAUCAAGCUGGACGAUGACAUAAUUUACGACGUCUUCCACCUGCGCCGCUACCUAGAGUCUCUGGAGGUGAGCCAGCCCGCGCUGGCCACCUCGAGCACGCUGCUGGCCGGCUAUGUGCUGGACGCAAAGCCGCCCAUCCGCCUGCAGGCCAAUAAGUGGUAUGUCACGCGGCAAGAGUACCCCCACACGCUCUACCCGGCCUACCUCUCCGGCUGGCUAUACAUCACCAACGUGCCUACCGCCGCCCGACUCGUGGCGGAGGCGGAGCGUGUAUCGAUCUUCUGGAUCGACGACACGUGGGUGACGGGCGUGGUGCGUGCGCGUUUGGGCAUUCCUCUCGAACGCCACAACGACUGGUACUCAGCCAAUUCGGAGUUCCUCGACUGCUGUGUGCGUGACCUCAAGCAGUAUAGCUUCGAGUGCGAGUACUCUGUAGGGCCCAACGGGGACAAUGCUAAGCUGCUCAUCGAGUUUCUACACCACGUGGAGAAGUGCUACUUCGACGAGUGCACCAAGAGGCCGGCGGGUAAAUCCCUCAAGAAUACCUGUGUGGCGGCCGCCAAGUCCCGCGUCCCCGAACACGGCCUGGCCCAAGUGAAGCCUCUUCAGCUGAGAUAACCUCCGUCCGGUCCACUGGUCACCAAGCAGCUAUAUUUAGACCACCUACACCUAAGUAUCCGAUUGUGUAAGAGGGCCUAUGUAUCCUGGUGUUCGGGAUAUCCUCAUGUGGCACUUGACUUAGUGUUUAUUUAUGUUAAGGAUCGCAAUAUCAUUCACGUACCUCCAGUCUCUAAGUUUAGCUAAAAUGUUUUUGUGUGGAAAUUCCAUUCCCCAGUCAGCGAUCCUGGGGCCUCUCGUACAAAUUGAUAAGCGGAUCAAGCUGUUCGCCGAUGUCUCUGAUUAUAACCAUUACGGCAAGCUCACUUCCCAUAUCUACUUCCCAAAAAGGAGACCGAGCUAACAGGGAGCUCCGAAGCGCUAUCUAUUCCAGAGUGGGUCUUGGAAUAUCCAUUUAUCCUUAUAUAUAUAACGUACCAAUAAGUAUAUAUACAUACAUAUAUGCACUGUCCGUCUCGAACCAGAUAAUGAUGAUGAUCAUGAUAAUAAAUGUUUAUUUAGAAAUUCA